CUUCCCCUUUUAGUGGGAAAAAAACGCCCCCCCUUUCGAAUUGCCCAAAUUCAAUCUUGCCCCGAUGAUCGGUUGCCAUCUCCAAUCAAUUACUCACUCACGUCUCAAACCUUGGUCUCGUCCCUUAUUUUCAAGCAUUCGCGUCAUUUCCUUCAUUUCCAUCCCCGUUACCCGACGUACACCUGUCCUUUGCUCUAAUAGUGUGCGAGGUUCCUAGUAUAUUCCGUGUCUCAUACCGAAUCUGUCUCCUCUCAACGGCGCCGUGCUCAAUACCAUCUAUCUUGUGCAGACCUUCGACCAUCACCAGCGAACGAGCCAACAAGGAUAACGUGCGCCGCCAUGGAUGACUCUAUCGACCCUGAAUCAAUUGUCCCUCCUGCCCGCGCCGGUUCGCCUUCUGAAUCGGUCCCAGCGACGCCGGCCAUCUCCUCUUGCCCAUCGCCAGGCCGCACCUUCUCCUCCCUCUCCUCGCUAUCGGCCUCAUCUGCUACCUCUGCCGAUGCCAGGUCUUCGAUAUCGACCUCCUCCAAGCGGCGAGGCUACAUCCGCACCCAGGGAGCCGAGUUCGCAGAUUCGGCGAAGAACAGGGAAAGCGUGAUGAGUCUGGGUAGCAUUGCGCAUCUGCAAUACUACUUUGCUCGCACUGGCUUGCUAGAUGGGAAGGGUGGCCAGGCUCGUGCCUAUAAGAAAAAGAAGAAGAAUCCAGAGGAAUUGCCUCGCCUGCUGUUGACUCCCAACGCUCGGUUCAUCGACGAGUUGACCGUCAGCCCUACCGAGGAAGAGAGCAUCGAUCCCCGCGAUUCCGGCUUGGAGGACGAAGGGGACGAGAUGGACGAGGACGUCGAGGUAAUGCUUCCGCCCACCGUGAGCACGUACAGCAUCAAGACGCAUCACAUUCCGUCCCCGCCGAAACUGAAGGCUCUCCGGAAAGACUUGAUGGAAGCGAUGGAAAAAGCCGAUCGCGCGAUCGACUCCCUCGACACGCAGAAGGACCCACCGGCAGAAAUGAUCCCCCCGCGCAUUAGUUUCUCCUCCAACGAGCCCGCCGACAGUGAGGAUGACUCGACACCACAGCCCCCUUCCGAGACAGUUCCUCAGACAUGGCAGGAGAUCCAGGGCAUGCGUGUCUUGGAUGCGGUCACGUUCGCUAUCCGGGCUGCAAAGAUCUAUUACACUGCACAUGAACGUCCUGAGCGACUGGCCUCAAUCAAGGACAAGCGGGAGAUUCGGAAGGAGCUCUUCAGUGUGCUGGAGGUGAUGAAGCGAUGGGCAUCGCGGAAUUUUGCCGAUGGGCUUCGCGAGGACGAGCGAUCUGCUAUCAGGGGCUGGAUGGGCAACGUACGCGAUAUGUUGGCGCGGGAGGCUCAGCUGGAAUCGUUCGAAGCCAAAGAGCGAGCUGCUUGGAUUUGGACGGAAGGAGAGUGGACAGGCAAGGAGCGGGACCGGGAAACGUUGUUCCUGCGCAGCCUGAUCGGCGCCGACGCGCAGCUGCCCACAUGGAGCGCCCCGGAAGAUAACUCACCGCCGCCUGCCAUGCUGGAACGUCUGCGCGACGGUCGAGACCUGGUGCGGGCCCAUAAUUUCGCCAUCAAGAAUUCUAAGCGGCCAGUGUUCGACAUCAAGAAUUACCACCAAGAUGUCGGGAAGCCAUAUCGCAUGGCCGAGAACCUGCGGUUCUGGAUCAAGGCGGCCGAGCUACGAUGGGAGACCAAGCUUGAGAUCGACGUUAUGGGGGUGGUUCAGGGCAAUAGCAACGAGGCCUGGAAGCAGUUCGACACCGCUCUGCUGGCUUGGUGUAGGGUUGUGCGUGAGGAGCUAGUGCGGGACUGGCGGGAACGGCGGGCUUCGGCUGCCAGUCUUCCUAGUGACGAUCUCGUGAUCCGUCCUUUGUAAGAAGGGAGGAUCUCGGACGCCAUCAGGCGAGGAGGAGUAUAGGUAAAAGGAGAAGUG